AUGUCCAUGGGUUCAAUAAAAAUAAAUGAAAAUCAAGCUCAACCUCCUUGUUCUACCUCCUCUUUCACUCAGCCACUUAAUCAGAGAUGUUCACAUUCUCAAAUCCACACUAAUCACAAUCAAAAGGCUCCUAAUAGCAACUCAGCUACAAAGACCGAACAAUCCGUCAAUUUUGUUAACGCAAAUUGUGCUAACGGCGGUCCAACUGUCCACUUGGUCAGUCAAAAGUCAAUACCCACAGUGGCCUCUCGAAAAGGCGGAUGCGAUUCUACUGAAGCCAUGCUGAACCAAAAAACUUCAGGUCGGUCAUGGCGACACAAUGACAAUGAAAUUGCCAAUCCACCUGAUCUUCGUCCCAGCUCAACUCAUCCCCCAUGCAAUCUUCAAGUAAAUGGCAUAACUGUGUGGAAUAACCAACAGUCAACAAGCCUUUCUUCUGCAGGAAUUACACCACAAUUGGCUAUACGACAAUUUAAAGCCAAACUUACACCUUACGAAAUGACUGAGAUACUUAAUUACCCACAUGUUUACUUUGUUGGACAUAAUGCCAACAAACGCCAACCAAUGUGUGCCAACGGUCCAAAUUUUGGCUUUGAUGAUGACCACGGCUCGUACCUCCACACUGCUCACGAUCACAUUGCAUAUCGCUAUGAGGUGUUAAAAAUAAUUGGAAAAGGCAGUUUUGGACAAGUUGUAAAAGCCUUUGAUCAUAAGACAAACACUUUUGUUGGCCUCAAAAUGGUACGCAAUGAACGACGCUUUACAAAACAAGCAGCUGAAGAGAUUCGCAUAUUGGAGUUGCUUCGAGAGCAGGAUGUGGACAAUAGUCGCAAUGUUGUGCACUUGUUAGAGCAUUUUACUUUUCGUGAGCAUGUUUGCAUGACUUUUGAAUUACUCAACAUAAAUCUCUACGAGUUGAUUAAGAGGAAUGAAUUUAAAGGCUUUCCCCUACCUCUAGUACGAAAAUUUGCUCACUCCAUCCUUGUGUGCCUUGAUAUGCUGCAUCGCAAUAAAAUUAUUCAUUGUGAUUUAAAACCGGAAAAUAUUCUACUAAAACAACAAGGUCGAAGUGGUAUAAAGGUGAUUGACUUUGGAUCCAGUUGUUUUGAGGAUCAAAGCAUUUACACGUACAUUCAGUCGCGAUUUUAUCGUGCACCUGAAGUCAUCCUUGGCUGCAAGUACAACUCCUCCAUUGACAUGUGGAGUUUUGGUUGUAUUCUUGCGGAGCUUCUAACCGGUUCUCCACUAUUUCCCGGUGAAGACGAAGGCGAUCAGCUCGCCUGCAUUUUGGAGGUGCUUGGAAUGCCACCAGAGAAGUUGCUUGAUCAGAGUCGUCGAAUGAAGCACUUCUUCUCUACCACCUAUGGAUGUCCACGAUAUUGCAUGGAGAUUGAUGAGGACAGUAAUGUUGUCCUACGACCACGUAAGACUAAGAGGGGAAAACUUCGAGACAUUCCAGGCGCCAAGUCUCUUAAAUCGGCUCUAAGGGGGCGUGAGGAUGCUGCUUUCUUAGAUUUUCUUACCCAAUGUCUUCAAUGGAUGCCGGAGGAUAGGAUAACGCCUCGAGAAGCCUUCCGUCACGAUUGGCUUCGACGUCGCACUCCACGAAGUCAUGCCAAUGAGGCUGUCGCUCCACGCUCUGGCAAUACUCGUGCCACAAAUGGGGAACAGCAACAUGUCCAAAACUCCGUGACUUUUGCCCACACCACCUCAGUGUCUGUAAGCCAUGCUAUGGCGCAAAGAGUUCCACAUCAUCAUACAACUCUUUCUGAGUCGCAAUCCCACUUGGGUGAAUCCAGUGUAGCAGUUUCUGGUCGACUAAGUCCAUCACAGCUGUCGCAGUAUGGCACAACUACCCUAAAAAGUUACCAAACAGGAGGUCAGUGUCAAAGCACAAUAACCGAAUUACCAUCAACUUUUACUCUACCUAAUCCACCUCAAGUGGUACAAUUGUCAAAACUUGUUUCAACUCACCAAUCCGGCACACCAACAGUUACUGGCACUGACACUCCUCCAGGUGCUGGCGAUAAACGACGUCAAGAAGCUCACAUUCAUUGA